AUGACCGGCGAGCAAGUGGUUGCCUACUUGCAAGUCUUGCCUCUGCCCACGUUUGUCAUCAGUCCUUGUCCUCGUUAUUCGCCCGUGAGCGAGAACUGUCCCGCCCUGCCAGUCGGCCAGUCUCUGGACACCAGUGAUAGUGGAAUCAACAGGCCACUAUACUCGGCGACCCUAGGCGGAACUGCCUUGCCGCUGUGUUGGUACACAACUCCUCUUGCGACGCACUCUGUUAUGUGGACUGCCAGCAAGUCUGUUACCAUUAAGUUCAAUUCAAACCCUGCUAUCCACAGCGGCGCCAAUUUGCCAUCAUCCGACAAGGCUAUGUUUGUGUGGACGUGGGACAACGCGUUGGGCAACCGUGAGUUCUACAUUAACUGCACUGAUGUUGCUGUCAAGGGCGGAUUGUCGUCUUCGUAUACGGGCAAGCAGAUAACAGUCGCCAAUUACCCGGGCUACCCAACCAUCCCCGAGUUUAGCGGCGACUACGAGACCAGAAUGGUGUACUAUGACAAUGCCAAACAUACCACAGUGUAGCCUAGCGGCGGCGGAGGUAUUCCGGAAGAUCAAAAUUCAAAUGCUGAAAACAGUGUAGUUGUUGUUUCUUCGUCAUCCGAAACUAGCAGCGAGGUAGCUAGCGAGGAGUCGACCAAAGCUCUAAAUAAACCAAUUUCAACUGAGAUCACAGCCGAUUCUUCAACUGAGG